AUGUCACAACCAGCCGGCUUGUUCAGCGUGCGUCGGCCUCGCGAGACCUUGGGCAACAUCCAGAACUUCUCGGGAAUACCGCAACCUGCCUCUGCGAUCAAACGCGUUUCUUCGAGCAACGAACUACGGAAUGCCCCCUACACAGCUUCCCACGUCCGGUCGACCUCGAUAAACCAGAGCAUUCAGCGACCUGCGCAGCCAAACUUCCAUCGGUCCUCUUCCGGCGGCAAUUUGGCAGAACUGGGCAUGUCAACAGUGCGCCGGUCGGCUUCAAACAAUGUCUUUGGGAGCGCGCACACGGGCCGACAGAGUUUGGCACCCAACCAACUAUUUGGUUCGCAAACGCCCGCGACCCAAAGCCUCCAACGCCGAAGUAGUAUAUUCUCUCGACCCUCUGCCCACGGACCUGUUGCGCAUCAGUCAUUCUUUUCGCAGCCUCCCGCCCCGGCCGGCGCACCGAAGGAUCCAAGACCACUGCGGGACUCGUCGUAUAGGGCGCGACUGAGUCAGGAACUGUUAGACUACCUGACCCAAAACAACUUUGAGCUGGAAAUGAAACAUUCGUUGACACAAAACUCGGUCAAAUCGCCCACCCAAAAAGACUUCACGCUGAUGUUCCAAUGGCUGUAUCGGCGGAUUGACCCCGGCUACAAGUUCCAAAAGGGUAUCGAUACGGAGGUCCCUCCGAUUAUGAAGCAGCUGAGGUAUCCUUACGAAAGAGACAUCACCAAAUCCCACCUUGUCGCUGUGGGAGGCCAAAACUGGCCACGUUUCCUUGGCUUGCUCCAUUGGAUGAUGCAGCUUGCCCAAAUGUUGGACAACUACACCAGGGGGGCAUAUGAUGACGCCUGUGCUGAAGCCGGGGUGGACGUUGCCAGCGAUCGCAUCGUUUUCCGAUUUCUGUUCGGCGCCUAUCAGGACUGGCUCCAGAUGGGACCGGAGGAUGACGAGGAGAGUGAGGAAGCAGCUCUGCAGCCACACAUUCAAGCGAUGAACGACGAAUUCGAGCGCAGCAACUCCAAACACAUGGAAGAGCUGAAGAUGUACGAAGCCGAGCACGAGGCAUUGAGGGCGCAGGUCGAAGAGUUUGAGCGGAACGCCCCCGACAUGGCGAAACUUGACAAACACUUCAAGAUCCUAGAAGACGACAAGAAGAAAUUCGAAGAAUACAACGCGAACGUCCAGGCCAAGAUUGAAAAGUACGACUCCCGGAUCAAGAUCCUGGAAGCGGAAAUCCAACGGACCGAGGCGGAUUUGCAAGUGGUGGAACAAGAACGGCAGGGUCUCCAGCAAUCGGUGGACCGGCAAGGUCUCAACAUCCAGGACAUUGAUCGCAUGAACACGGAGCGGGAACGGUUGACCAAAAGUCACGAAGAUGCACUGGUCGCUCUGGACGAGGUCAACAAGAGAGUGUUGGAGAAAGAGGCCGAGACGGCGCGCAAGCUCGAAGACCUCGAGGCCAUUGUCAAGCGGUACAACUCGCUGGGGUACCAGCUGUCCCUGAUCCCCUCGACCGCAGUCAAUGCUAAGGGCGCCGACUACGAGCUGAGCCUGAACGUGUCUUCGGAGAGCAACUUCUCCACGUCGACCUCACAAUCACGGCGGCGCGGGUCGCCGGAAUCGGAUCGGCUCCUGGCGGAUUUCAAUGUCGGCUAUUCUCCCGUGCACCUUCUGAACCUGGACCUCCGCGGCGCCGUCCGCAACGUGUUCAUCGCUCUGCGCAAGGAGAUCAACGAGCGUCGCAAAGCCGCGGCCGACGCGGACCUGAAUGCCCGCGACUUCCUGGACAACAUCUCGGAAGCGCUGCACGAAAAGAGCACGGAGAUUGACAAUUUGAACUACCGGGUCAACGAGGCCGGUCGGCUGUACGCGAAUCUCAAAGAAAACAAUAACACGAUCCACAUGCAGCAGACCAGCGCGAUCGAGAAGCUCGAAAAAGAACUGGCGCGCAUGAGGGAAGGGCUGGAGAGAGGCGUGGUCGAGCUGGAACAACGCGAAAUGGAGGUGCAGGUGGCAUGGGAGUCGAUGCGCGAGGAGGCGGCCCGGGUGCGUGAGGAGCUACACUCGGGCGUCGAGCGAUGUUUGGAGGAUGUGAUUCGGUUCAAGGUGCAUAUCCAAAAGGGCCUGGAGGAGUUUGAGGGGUGGGUGGGCGAAGAAGUCGAGCUGGAGUUGCUGGGGGACGAGAUGGAAGAAAUGGAAUUGGAAGACAAGAAGCACGAUGAGAAGAACCAGGUAGAAUGA